CCCAUUCUCCUCUGCCCCCUCUUUCUAAACUCACUCGAUCUUUUCUCUAUCUAUUCAAUUCUGAUCUGCACCUCACAAACAUAACAAUUCAUAAAAGAAUGUCAUCAUCAGAAACACCCCAACGGUGGACUCAGCAACAACAAGAAGAAGCAAAAGAUAAUAUCAAUGAAGAUGAAAUGAAUAAUAAUAAGGAGCUGAUGUUCGAGAAGGUUCUUACUCCAAGCGACGUUGGGAUGCUCAACCGCCUCGUCGUCCCAAAGUCCCACGCGGAGGCGCAUUUUCCGACCGGCGCCGACGGAUACUCGGCCGAAGGGAAGGGCCUGCUUCUGAAUUUCGAGGACCAAUCGGGAAAACAAUGGAAGUUCCGUUAUUGCUAUUGGAGCAGCAGCCAGAGCUAUGUUCUCACCAAAGGAUGGGGCCGCUACGUUAGAGAAAACCACCUUUCUGCUGGCGACGUCGUUUUGUUCAAGAGGCACCGCCUCCAUCCAAAUAAUUUCUUUAUUAGUUGGAGGGGCCGCGAUGCUGGGACCAUGCCUCCGGCGGCUAGAGGGAGGGGGAAGAGGAGGAAGAGGAGGGAUGAGGUGUGGUGGUGA